AUGGAAAACGACAAGGGCGAGCUCUCCUUCCCCCAAAACCAAUCCCUCCUUCACCCGGCCAACCAGCCAACCAACAAAUUCGCUAACAAAAUGUACAGGAGAACUCGUCGACCUCUAUGUCCCCCGCAAGUGCAGCGCUACCAACCGCAUCAUCAAGGCGAAGGACCACGCAUCCGUGCAGAUCUCGGUCGGAAAGGUAGACGAGACCGGGCGCUACAUACACGGCGAGAACACCACCUACGCGCUCUGCGGGUUCGUCAGGAGCAUGGGCGAGAGCGAUGACGCGCUCAACAGGCUUGCCCAGAGGGAUGGACUGCUGAAGAAUGUCUGGUCGGCGUCUCGUCAGCAUUAG